GGCCGUGGAAUGCUGGACCAGCUCUACACCCUCAGCCUUGUAUGACCUGUGUCCGAGUUUGGUCCGCAUUCUAUUUGAAAAAGAAGAUAAGUGAGAGUCCAAAGAAAAACACAAGGAAAACAAAAAUCAACUGUAUCCAAAAGAAAACAAAUCAACACAGUCAGGGCGAGGCCUGCCGUGCACUGUCCAGUGGAUCACGCAGGAGGCGGACCGAUGGUGGGGAGCUUGGAGUCCAGGAAUGGCGCAGGGGGCGAGAAGACUUCGGCGGCCAGAGGCGAGAAGACUUCGGCGGCCGGAGGCGAGAAGACUGCGGCGGCAGGAGGCGAGAGGACUGCGGCGGCAGGAGGCGAGAGGACUGCGGCGGCCGGAGGCGAGAGGACUGCGGCGGCCGGAGUCGAGAGGACUGCGGCGGCCCGAGUCGAGAAGACUGCGGCGGCCCGAGUCGAGAAGACUGCGGCGGCCGGAGGAGGUUGGAAAACAGACCAGGAGACAAACUGCUUGGAAACCAUGACCAGGGGUACUGAGGCUGGCAGAAUGGAGAAUGAGAGGGGACUGGAGCUGUGGAAGAGGAUGAAGAGCAAAGAUUGAAAUGUCUGGCUUGGGCGAAAGGGGUUUGCCAGCCAUGACAGCUAAAGCUGCCCGGCGAUGCCACUCCACCUCUUCCAACAGCUCCGUCAAGUUCAUGAAGGAGCUGUGUUGAUUCUCCAAGACCAGUCUUGGAGAGCCAAUCAAGUGGUGGGCGGGACAACAUGGAAACUCAACAUAGAAACCUAAAUUAAGACAGAAAAACCAAAUCCUCACACAGAGUACUUCUCUAUGGAGGACCGAAACCGACAUAAGAAAUAAAAGAAUAAAUAUAUAAAUAAAAGAAUAAAUAUAUAUUUUGAUGAGAAUUAAAAGUGUAGCACCCCACUGCUCCAUCACCUGUUCUCAGGGCAGAACUUUAACUCACUUGCGGGGUGGCUACUUGGGUUCGUGAUUUUCAGGUAGAUACCACGCAGGUUUACCUCAUACGAGUAGCAUUUACUCCACUACUGUUGUCAUUCUGUUACCUUCCCAGUAAAAUAAUCCAGACAUCCACGCACAAAGUUGCUUUUCUUAUUUAUCUUCAACACACAAACUAACCUGGCUUCUUCUACCCUGAACGGUGGUAGGAAUUUAACACAUACCAAUCUCUAUAACCCCUUAUAUACAUUUACAAACAUGAACAGUUCUUAAACUUACACCAACUUCCCAUUUCAGCAUAUAACUUCACACACCUCCGCACACAGGGCCCGCACUCUCACACAUACAGUCCAAUACCCGUUGACACUUCCGUUGCAGGCCUGUUGAUGUUUGAGUUCGCUGAAACGACCGCAGAAGUCCUCGUUACUUUUCCUCUUGUUGGAACCGGAUGGACCAAACGAAACCGGCUCGCUCCGCCGACGUCCUCACAGUCACCGCUGCUUCGGUCUUGCUGCGUUACCCCAAACACGUGCUGCAGUGUCCUCUAAUUAGUCGCAGUCCUCAUUAACGGGUCCACACUUCCCAUUACUCAAUCGUGAACUAUCCUCCGCGUAUAAUCUUAUUUCUAACUCACCAACUAUGUUUAACACGAAUUUUUUUGUUUCCCGUACUGUUCCAAUCCCUCUUUCUUUUUUCUCCCCUCUCUCCUUCCACUCUCGUUCUCCUCUCCUCUCCCAGAAUCCUCUCUCUCUCUCUCUCUCUCUCUUUCUCUCUCUCCUUUCUUUCCCUCCGUACACUUCACUUCCCCUCGUAAAUUUCAGUUACUCUCAAACAUAGGAAUUCAUCCGUCUCCGUACUCUACAAUAGGUAAAUCACCGAAAUAUACGUUUAUGUAACUCCCUUACCCAUUCUUAACCCCAGUUACCUAUCAAAAGACAUAAACCCCCACUUCUUGUGGUUCUCAAACCCCAGGGCUACAAAAGCAUAAAUAUAUAUUUUGAUAAGAAAUAUAUUAUUCUUUAUAUAUUUGUUCUUCCAUAGCUCCAGUCCCCUCUCAUUCUCCAUGCCCAUCCCCAGCCAUUCUGACUAUGGAGGACCAAACCGACAUAAUAAGAAAUAACAGAAUAAAAA